GAAAAAGGAAGUUUUCCCGAGUGCUAGAAAUAUUAAGGUUGAGAAUUCGGUGAAGGAUCAACGAAAGAAAGUAAAAUGGCAAAUGAAUCCAUUAUAUAGGGCAAAAUCAAGUAAUACAGAAGAAUCAGAAUCAGAGUCUAUUAAUUCAUUAUCAUCACGACAGUCAUUUUUACAUUCUGAACGAUCCGUUGAUAGCGAUUAUAAAAGCAAUAGUGAAGAAGAAAGUGAAUUUCGAGAAAAUAUCUUCAAAAAGGUAAAUUUCCGUGAAAUCGCUACGGAAAUGUUCGAUACGAUGAAUGCAUUGGGAGUUGGAACGGAAGAAAAUUCACCGAUGAAAAAAGCUCUCGAAGAACGAAAACAUGAAUUGGAGUUUAAUAUAGGAAAUUAUAAUAGGACUUAUUAA